ACUUUCCUAUUUGCUGAUAUUUUCUCUGUCCUCAUCAUGCCCCGUUGCCAAACAAAAAAGCCACGUUGACGAACUGGACUGAAGUCUACUGCUGCUGUUUUCCCCAGAAAAAUUGAUCUAAACGAGCGUUUUUCACUCUUCCGAAAUAUAUCAAUUAGAUUACAGAUGUCUUCGCCUCCGAAGGAAAGAAUCGAGACCAAAGGAGGACAUCUCCCGGCUGUGAAGGCAGGGGGGAUGAGGAUCGUGCAGAAGCACCAGGGAGCAGCUCCACCUGAGCCGCCUCCUGUCAAGGACAAGGACGACGAAGAGUUUGUGGAGGAGCCUAGCCCACCAAAGCCCACUGUGGUCGUGUCAGGAGUGGUUACAAAGGGUGAUAAGGACUUCACCCCGGCGGCAGCCCAGGUAGCUCACCAGAAGCCCCAGCCGUCUGUCACCAAGAUGCCCCAGAACCAGCACCUCACCCAACAAAUCCACCAGCCCCGCAAGUGAGGCUACCGCCAAGCUUACCAUCCCUCCGCUAACUCUGCUACAGUUGGCCCCACAAGGCGCCAGCAAUCUUCCCAGACACAGCUCUACGGUCAGUUUUGUAUUUACCCCCCUCCAAUGGUUAAGGAUUUGAGGAGGUGAAACUGAUCCUAAAUCUGUGACUAAGGGCAAGCCAAUGCAACGCAUCAUCAAUGAACCACAUCAGCCAACCUAUCACAGCAGCCUACCGA